CCGUAGUGCUGGUUUGUGAAUGGAGCCUGCGUCGUCAUCUUCGGCGCUCGAAGUAAUUUGAAGAAACUUUUUGGAGAUAGUCAACACCGCUUGGGCACCACGCUCAUCUAUUUGUAAGACAUUGACCGUGCAGGCGAGCCGCUACCGUCAUCUCAGAAGAGCAGAGACCAUCCGGUGGAAAGAUGCCAGCUCAGAUCAUAAGCGGCAAAGAGGUUUCAGCGCAGGUGAGGGAGCGUCUGAAGAAGGAUGUGGAACAGAUGAAACUUAGAGAUCCUGACUUCAGCCCUGGUCUAGUGGUUUUGCAGGUUGGAGACCGCGAUGAUUCAAAUCUGUACAUCAGCAUGAAGCUGAAAGCAGCAGCAGAGAUUGGAAUAAAUGCAACACAUAUGAGGCUUCCUAAGACUGCAACAGAGGAGGAGAUUCUUCACAGUAUCACGGAGGUGAACGAGAACUCGUCCGUCCACGGCCUCAUCGUUCAGCUGCCUUUAGACUCAAUCCACAAAAUUGACACAGAGAAGGUCACGAAUGCCGUGGCCCCAGAAAAGGAUGUGGAUGGACUGACCAGCAUAAAUGCAGGGAAGCUGUCCCGUGGGGAUCUGGGCAACUGCUUCAUCCCCUGCACGCCGAAUGGCUGCAUGGAGUUAAUCAAACAGACUGGUGUUUCUGUGGCAGGGAAGAAAGCGGUCGUGAUUGGUCGCAGUAAGAUUGUCGGUGCGCCCAUGCAUGACCUGCUGCUGUGGAACCAUGCCACUGUCACCACCUGCCACUCCAAAACUGCCGAUCUUCCCGCAGAGGUGGGUCGCGCAGACAUCCUGGUUGUUGGUAUCGGCAAAGCAGAGAUGGUGAAGGGAGAGUGGAUCAAGCAGGGGGCAGUGGUCAUUGACUGUGGCAUCAACCACAUUCCAGAUGAGACUAAAGCCAGCGGAAAGCGUGUGGUGGGUGACGUCCAUUUUCAAUCAGCCAAAGAGCAGGCCGGCUUCAUCACCCCUGUGCCUGGCGGUGUGGGGCCUAUGACUGUGGCCAUGCUGAUGGCGAACACAGUGCUCAGUGCAAAGCGCUUCCUUGAGAGCCAUCAAGCAGGGAUAUGGAACAUUUCUUACACCAAACUCAAUCUCCAAAAGCCAGUGCCGAGUGACAUAGUGAUUUCUCGCUCCUGCGUGCCCAAGCCCAUCAACCAUCUGGCCAGAGAAGUGGGCUUGCUUUCUGAUGAAGUUGAGCUCUAUGGCAAGACUAAGGCAAAGGUCCAGCUGAAUAUCAUCAAACGCCUUCAGUCCCAGCCAGACGGCAAAUAUGUAGUGGUCACUGGUAUUACUCCCACUCCCCUGGGUGAAGGCAAGAGCACCACAACCAUCGGCCUGGUGCAAGCCCUGGGCGCUCACAUGAAGCUCAAUGUGUUUGCUUGUGUCCGACAGCCUUCCCAGGGACCCACGUUUGGUAUUAAAGGUGGUGCUGCGGGAGGGGGAUAUUCUCAAGUCAUUCCGAUGGAAGAGUUUAAUCUCCAUCUCACUGGUGACAUUCAUGCCAUCACAGCUGCCAACAACUUGGUGGCUGCUGCUAUUGAUGCCCGCAUGUUCCAUGAAGCAACACAAUCUGACAAGGCUCUGUAUAACCGUUUGGUGCCACUCAGCGAAGGACAGAGGAAGUUCUCCUCGAUCCAGAUCAACAGGCUGAAAAAACUGGGCAUAGAAAAGACCGAUCCUUCUGCUCUCACGGAGGAAGAGAUCGCCCGCUUUGCCCGCUUGGACAUUGACCCUAGCUCUGUUACCUGGCAGAGAGUGCUGGAUACCAAUGAUCGGUUCCUGAGGAAGAUCACUAUUGGCCAGUCUCCCACUGAAAAGGGAUACACAAGAGAGGCCCAGUUUGACAUCACUGUGGCCAGCGAAAUCAUGGCGGUGCUCGCCCUCACCAGCAGCCUGGAGGACAUGCGACAGCGCCUGGCUAAGAUGGUCGUAGCCACCAGCCGCAGCGGAGAGCCCAUCACCACCGAGGAUCUGGGCGUGAGCGGUGCUCUAGCUGUGCUGAUGAAAGACGCCAUCAAGCCAAACCUGAUGCAGACACUGGAGGGGAAUCCUGUGUUUGUUCAUGCUGGCCCCUUUGCCAACAUUGCCCAUGGAAACUCCUCCAUUCUGGCUGAUAAAAUUGCUUUGAAGCUGGUUGGACCUGAUGGCUUUGUAGUGACAGAAGCUGGUUUCGGUGCUGACAUCGGCAUGGAGAAGUUCUUCAAUAUCAAGUGCCGCUACUCGGGCCUGAGGCCUCACGUGGUGGUGUUGGUGGCGACUGUCCGAGCUCUGAAGAUGCACGGAGGAGGACCAACAGUCACUGCUGGAAUGCCGCUGCCUAAGGAAUAUGUGGAAGAGAACCUUGAGCUGCUGGAGAAGGGCUGCAACAACAUGAGGAAGCAGAUAGAAAAUGCAAAGCACUUUGGCGUACCUGUGGUGGUGGCUGUGAACGCUUUCAAGACAGACACUGAGGCCGAGCAAGAAUUGGUUUGCACCAUGGCUAAAGCUGCUGGAGCGUUCGAUGCUGUGCGAUGCUCCCACUGGGCUGAGGGUGGAGCUGGUGCUGUGGCACUUGGCGAGGCUGUGCAGAGGGCGUCUGGGGCCGCCAGCAACUUCAAGUUCCUGUAUGAUUUGGAGCUUCCCAUUGCUGAUAAGAUUCGGGUAAUUGCUCAGAAGAUCUACGGAGCAGACGAUAUCGAACUUCUCCCAGAGGCCCAGCACAAGGUGGCGCUCUACACCAAGCAGGGUUUCGGCAGUCUUCCAAUUUGCAUGGCAAAGACGCACCUAUCGCUCUCCCAUGAAGCGGAAAAGAAGGGUGUGCCCACUGGUUUCAUCCUGCCAAUCAGAGACAUCAGAGCCAGUGUGGGUGCUGGCUUUCUGUACCCAUUGGUUGGCACGAUGCCCACCAUCCCCGGCCUCCCCACCCGGCCCUGUUUCUAUGAUAUUGACCUGGACCCUGAGACUGAACAGGUCAAUGGACUCUUCUGAAGAGAACAAAAGUGUCCUCAGCCUGUUUGAUGACAUUACCCAUCAGCCCCCUGAGCUCCAAUGAAAUGUGAAGAACUAACUGGAAGCACCUCAAGCUCAUGUGCUGUUUCUCACGUUGAUUCUGGCAUCUGUAAAUAAUGGAUUGGAUUUGUCCAGAAGGCUGCUAAUGAUAAAUCAAAGAACAGAUUUUCUCCCUGCUAGCGCAGAUCCAAGAUAGACUUUUCACAACAGGGACGUGUUAUUUCAUUACAUUGCUGGCUGAACAUCUCAGAUUCCCCAGGCUCUUUUAACUAACUACUUGUGUAUAUUUUGUGAGCGCCACAUCAGAAGCAUCUCCUCCAGGUCUGUCUUUAACUAGAAGCUGUGCCUUUUUAAAUAAUGUAUUAUUAUUAUAAAGUAAAUCUAAAAAAAAAAAAAAGUUCCCUUAAAAUUUCUUUUUUAUUUUUGUAUAAUUUGUUUGAUCCCAUCUGAUUGCCCCAUAAAUUUACCUUUUGGCCGUCUUGCUUUAAUCUAACACUAACAUUUUUAGAGAAGUCACAAUAUUUGCUGUAAAGCUCAUUGGCCAUGACGUUGUAAAUCAGUGAUUUCUACAUGUUCAAUAAAGGCUUUG